AUGACAACAACCAAGACUUCCGCAAUCACUAAUCGAUCAAAUAAUUCCAAAAGCCCUUCAUACAAUCUUAAAACACGUGGGACACAUGCACGAGUACAACGAGUGAAGGUAGCUACUGUGGGAAAGCCAAAUAAUUCAUCGGAGAAGCAACAACAUAGAAAUUGUCUGAGAUGCAAAGAAAGUGAUAUUAGUGUUAAGACUUUAACAGAGCGUGUUGCAAGAAUAGAGAAUUUGGUUAAUGCACUCUCUAAAACUACUCAAAAUCUUUUCAAGCGAGAUGAUAAAUUAUCCUGGAGAUUAAAAGGUCUUGAUUUGACGACUUGCAGUCUUGAGGAAUUACAGAAAUUAGUGAUAACUACCACAAGUAUCAUGAUAUCUCAAAACGAUAAACUUCAUACUACUACUACACCUUCCAAUUUAACCGUACCAAACGUUUCUCGUAAACCUGGCCGUAAACAUUCUUAUAAACCACAACCCACUUCACCUAUUAUUCAUUCUGAACCUAUGGAAGAUCCUACAAGUGCUUCUUCUCACGUAACAUUUGUAAAAUCAGCUCCUCCAAAAUUGGGUAGAACAAAGUCUCUCCGUAAAGACUCCGGUUAUGUUGAAUCUAAGCAAACUGAUUAA